AGAUACGAAAGUAACUUUAUAGCGGAAGUGUCUAAUUCAGCUUCCGGAUUUUGUUAGAAACGGUAAAAUGGUAAGUUUUCCUGUUUUCUAUUUGAGUAAGUGGGACAUUUCCCAUAUAGUUUUGAAUUUAACUUUUAUAAUAAGUAUAAGAUAUAUUUUUCCUAAUAUAACUAAAAAAAUCUGCUGGAUAGGGAGAAAAAACCAAGUAAUUUUGAAGCGCAAAAAAAUUACAAUGAAUUGUAAAAUUUCGUUGAAAAUGCCGGAUUUUUUUCUGUACAUUUUUAGUCAUUAGGUUUCUAUAAAAUGUCUUUUAUUGGUAACUUGUCAUUUAAAUUUUAACAGGAUGUAUUUUUCGUGAUCCGCCGUCAUAAAAUGAGCAUCUUUGUCGAUGCUAAAGAGAAUGAUAGAGUGAGUGACCUAAAGAAUAUGAUAUCGGGUAUUACUGGAAAGUCAGCUGAACACAUGAAACUCUUUGACUUAACGAAAGACGCCCAAAAAACCGAACUAGAAGAUGGCAAAACGUUAUCUGAUAGUGGACUCACUGCAACAGUUGCCAAGGCUCAGCAGCCUGCAAAAUUAGGUGUAGUUUAUAUGAAAGAAAACGGAGAUUUUGAAGAAGUUGCAGUUGAAUCUUAUUCGGAACCGCCUGAGCUACCUGAUGUAAUGAAACACACGAAUGAAAACAAAGGAGAAUAA